CCAAAACAAGUUGCUGCUGAACAAGGACAAGACACAUAAGCUUCUCUGCUCCUUGGGACAGGCUGGUCGAGUGGUUGAAACUGAUGUGAAGUUGCUGGGUUUUUCCUUGAAUACCAGAAUAAGCUGGACAAGUCAUAUUGUCAAUGUUUGCUCAAAGCUGUCCAGUGCGCUCUAUCUUCUGCGAAAGUUGAAAUCGGAAAUUGGUGCCGGAUACCUGCUUACUGUCUACUAUGCCAUGUUUCACAGCCAUGUAUGUUAUGGACUUCACCUGUGGGGUCACUCUGGACGACUUGGUGAUGUGCUGCUUCUGCAGAAAAAGGCUGUGCGAGUGCUGACGGGCAGUGACUACAUGGCUCACUGCAGACCACUCUUCAAGAGGCUAAAAAUGCUUACUGUUGUAAAUCAGUACAUUCUUGAAUGUCUGGUUCGCAUCAGAGACAGAGCUAGGAGUGCUGAUACUCGUGGUGGGAUACAUGGCUAUGGAACCCGUCAGACUCACCUCAUCAACAUGCCAAGAUGCCGUUUAGCAAGGACUCAGAGGAGUUAUCCUUUCAUUGCCUUCAAGAUGUUUAAUAAGCUGCCAGAGUGGGUCAAGGAUAGUGGAAGUGAUAGACAGUUCCGAGCAGUUUUGAGAUCACUCUUGGUGGAGCAUCCAUUCUAUAGCCUGAGUGAAUUUCUCGAUAGUGAGAUGACAUUUUGAAAUUUUUUUUGUGAUAUGUUUUUAAACCCUGACACAGUCUAUCCAGCAGUGCUGGUCAAUGACCUAGAAUAAAACUAAAACUAAAACUAAUGAUAUCUAGAUAUGUUUCGUACCCAAGAACAAUGCCCUAGAAUACUGGUAGGGAGUUUGGAAACACCAUGUAUAUUAAGAUUGUUGGUUGGAAUGAAAGGAAGUACC